GAGGUUUUUGGUUCUUGGUGGUGCAGUGUUUGCCAGAUAACGAGCAGCUAUGGGUAGGUCUGCACUGCUGCGGGCGCUGCAGACCUUUAGGUCUCAGCAGAGGUCGUUCUCCAGCACGACGCAGGCCCUGGCUGCCAAUGCCGCUAGGCCAGGAGAGACCCUGCCAGAGAUGCUCCCUUAUGCGGGACCUAGCACAGUCAUCGAUGUGCCGAGCAGGCUGCUCAUGGGGCCUGGUCCAGCGAACUCACACCCUAGGGUGCUCGCUGCUCAGACUCUGCCUCUUCUAGGCCACAUGCACCCUCCAUUCUUCAAGAUCAUGGAUGAGAUUCAGCAGGGUCUCCAAUACGUGUUCCAAACAAGCAGCAAGUACACGCUCCUGAUCAGCGGCACAGGGCACGCAGGCAUGGAGGCCACAAUCACAAAUCUUGUCGAGCCAGGCGAGACUAUUCUAGUCGGAAACAACGGUAUCUGGGGCUCGAGGGUGUGCGACAUGGCCGCCAGAUACGGAGCCAAUGUGAUCAACCUCCAGAAGGAAGCCGGGAGGGCCUUCAGCUUUGAGGAGCUUUCAAGGGCAGUCACAGAGCACAAGCCAGCUGUUCUCUUCCUUUGCCAGGGAGAGAGCAGCUCGGGGGUGCACCAGAACCUGUCGGGGCUGGGCAAGCUCUGCAAGGACAACGGCACCCUGCUGUUGGUGGACACUGUUUGCUCGCUGGGCGGCGUGCCCCUCUUUGCCGAUGACUGGGGCAUCGAUGCCAUCUACUCCGGCUCCCAGAAAGUACUCGCUGCACCCCCAGGUGGCGCACCGCUGUUCCUGAGUCAGAGGGCGUUCGACAAGCUCAAGGCACGGAAGACCAAGCCGGGCUCGUACAACCUCGACCUCAACUUAGUGGGCGACUACUGGAGCUGGCACGGAGGGCGUUCGUACCAUCAUACUGGCAUGGUUAGCAUGUGGUACGCGAUGAGGGAGGCUCUGGCGCUGGUGGGCGAGGAGGGGCUGGAGCCCAUGUGGGCCAGGCACCAGCGCAUGCACGAGCAGCUGUGGGCAGGCCUCACCGAGAUGGGCCUGGAGCCUUUCGUGGAGAACCCCGAUGAGCGUCUCAUCACUGUCAACACUAUCAAGGUGCCGGAGGGCGUGGACUGGGCAGCAGUGGUGAAAAAUGCGAUGGACACGUACUCUGUAGAGAUUGCCGGCGGCCUGGGCCCCACAGUGGGCAAGGUGUGGCGCGUGGGCAUCAUGGGCUACAAUGCCCAGCCGCAGAACAUUGAGCUGGUCCUGGCAUCCUUCAGGGACGGCCUGCGCAAGCAGGGCCGCCUGCCCUGAGCACUCCGCACAGUCACCGCAUGCACAGCCACCUGCUUUUUACAAAGCUCCCUCACCCUCAACGGGGUGGAGGGUCAGAAGUGGGCUGGCUUAUUCACAACCCUCAACAGGGAGGACAAUCAGAAUUGGGCUGGCACACUGACGAGGACGAGGGACGGCUUGCAACUUCUGUGGUACUGCUGUUUGAGAGGUACUGUCAGGACGAGGACUGCAGCUGCAGGUAGUGCUGUUGAAGGGAGUUGAAACCUGUAGAGACAUGAGAUUUAUCUCAAGGACAUACAGCUCUGUACAGCGUUCAGAAGUGUCCCAGCAUACUUGUGUGAGGCAAUGGUGAGAGGCCAGGACUGUGGGUUGUGUCAUUUUGGACCCUGGUGGGGGUUCCUGGGCAGAUAUAUUCUUUAGAAGCAAUGGAAUGGCAUCAGGGACGCCAUCAGGGAAAUGCGGGGUGUAUGCAUCAUGCAAAGUGCACGGUGUGUCUCUGCGGCAGCAGUAGUUUCAAAAAAAUUGGGCAUACUAAAGUUCUGCAACUGUAAAGAUACUUUACAUUGUUUGCGCGAUUGACUCUCUAAUUACAGAAGUGUAAAGGCAUGCGCACGUGCACA